GCGUGCGGUGAUGGACUUGUUUUUGCAGGCAAGAAGAAUAAAGACUGCUACGAUGGCAAAAUAUGCUGCCUCGGAAGAUGCGCCAAAGCAUGCGAUGUGCUAAGGGCAAUGAACACUCAGUGGGCUGCUUUAAAUCGAAGUUUUCACGUAUUUUUUCAGUCUAAAAUUUUUACAGCAGUGAGCGGAAGCAUUUUCCGAGGCGUCCUGAGAAAUUACGAAUUUGGUGGAACAGAGGCGGAGUUCGAAAAGCGACGAAAGUCGAAGCUGGCGAGCGUUGGCUCGGAGAAAGUCAGAGAAGGCGAUGCCAAAGCAAAGUGCGAGAAAGUGCAGGAAAGGGCGAUGAAGACACCUCGAGCGAUGAAGACGUCGAUGGCUUCAUUUCUUCUUAUGAGUGACUGGAGGCUGCCAGAAUGCACCGAAAAGCAUCGAGAGGCAGUGAAGGAUGGGCGCAGGAAAUGA